UGGGAUUUAUAUUGAGAAUUUUUUAGUUUAAUACUUAUAAAGCAUUUGAUUGAAGAAUUAUGGUGAAUAUGAAAAGCUUAGGUAAUGUUUUAACCAAUCAUUUUCUAAUGGAGGUUAAAUAUGGGACAUGAAAUUAAGUUAAGGUUUAUUUUCAAAUUAAAUUAAAACUUGGUUCAUUUCUUAACCUUGGCAAGUACAAUAAAAGUGGAUUGAUAUGAAGCAAAGAACUUCAUUGAGUAUGAGCUAAUUCAUGUUGGAAAUUUUAUACUAUACUUUUCAGUUGGAAUAGUUCAUUUUUCAUUUCAAAUGGAGGGCUAUUAUAUUUUCGAAAUAUUGAAAAGUUUUUAUAAAAGUAAGUAUGGAAGUUGUGACGUAAGACAUGCUUUGUUUCUGGAUUGAAUUCACCACCCUCUUUGGGCUGCAAAAAAUAUCUUCACGUCCAUUGGAUAUUGGAUUGUACAACGAGUUUCUGAAGUACCCUGACAUUUGUUUACCUAUUGCACAAAUUGAUUUAACAACGAAUCAAUAAACGCAAUCUUAGUCACUAAGAUAAUACAGAAAACUAUUGAUUAAAAUAUUCAUGUAUCGUGGUUGAAUGGCCAGUUUAACUGACUGCGAAUUCUUUGAGUGAUAUUUUCAUUAUAACAACCCAUAAUCAUCUGAAUCCAUUAUAAUGAGUGUCGCAAGGAAUUUUAAUUAUAACUUUAAGUGCUCGGUAUUCAAGGAAAAAGAAGAAGCAUCCACUAAUCAGUUAAUAUUUAAAUUCAUACAAGUAUUUGUUGGCGAAUUUCUGGGAACAGCUAUGCUCGUUUUUUGGGGCUGUGCUUGUAUGGGAGAAAUCAAUGAAGGCGGUCAAACAGUAAGAUCUCUCAUGUUUGGAAUUAUUUUUGGACUCUGCAUUCAGAUAUUCGGGCUUGAUACUACUUGCCACAUAAAUCCAGCUAUUACUUUAACAUAUAUCAUUUUUGGUGAUGUCUCUCUAGUUUUUGGCCUUUAUUAUAUGUUAUCACAAAUAUUGGGAGGGAUUUUAGGAUUUGCAUUGUUAGAGUUGAUUGGCCCAGAAGAAUUAAGUUUUUAUGGUGUAGUGAAAGUUGAAAAUUUUUGUGUAACAAAUAUAAGACGAAAUGUUGGAAUAUUAAGAUCGUUAUUUUGGGAAGCAUCAGCUACAGGAACGCUCUGCUUUGUGGUUUGCAGUAUAAUUGAUCCCAGGAAUAGAGAUAGAGUUGAGAGCAUACCGAUAAAAUAUACAUUAUGUGUGUUUUCUAUGAUUUAUGUUUGUAUGCCUUAUACUGGAGGCUCUAUUAAUCCAGCAAGAUCAUUGGCUCCAGCACUGUGGCAUCAGGAUUUCUCCAAUCAUUGGGUAUACUGGAUUGGGCCUUUAUUAGGUUCUGCAUUCGUAACUGUUCUUUAUCAUUUAAUAUUUUUAUCGAAGGAUGAGGAUCAAAGGGAAAAGAUGGGAUCUGUUGCACUUCAAUCGCCACUGCCAACGAAAUAAUUUUUGAAUUCUAUCAAGUUUGUAUUAUUUUACUAGUAUUUGUAUUAUUAUAUUAUAGUUCAAAGACAAAGAUUUUCUUCGUAAACUACUAUCAUA